AUGGACCCACUGCAGCCGGAUGUCUUCCAGAAUCUGUCCGCCGAGGAGCUUGUGGAGGCUCGGCGGGAGAAGCUGCAGCACCUCUCGUUGUGGCCAAAGCUGAACUCAGGCAAGCUCUACCAGGUGACCGUUGCAGAUGUGCAUGAGUUGUUUGCCAUCUUCGAUGUGGAAGGGUCGGGCGAGAUUUCAAUGGAAGAACUCAUGGAGAUCAACAAGGUCCAAGGUCUCACUCUCACCAAGGAUGACAUUGCUGCGUUAGGACGAGAUGCUGACAAGGACGGUUCUGGGCUCAUCAGCGUGAACGAGCUCUACAAAGCUUUUAUUCAGGGGGAGGUCGCUUACAACCUCAUCAAGAAAUCCAUCAAUGAAGAGAACGACGUUCAACAUCUAGCCGAAGGGGAGUGCUUGAUCGAUGACCUGAUCGAGUGGAUGAGGCAUGAAUACGACACGAAUGCAGACUUGUGGUCCUUGCCUCAGACACUUCUGCUCUUCUGUGUUUUCCUCUACACCGCGAGUUCCCACAUGCCCAUGCGAGCCGGUUGGGAGGUCGCUGAGAACUACCCAGCUGCUGGAGUCUUCGGUUACUACAGGCUCUCCUGGCUUUAUGACCGGCUGUCUCUGCUGGACUUCCUCACGACGACGUGGGUCGAUCAGCAUCUGAACCAGGACCUCAGUCUCUACACGCCGGGCCGCUACUUCGGGCGGAACCAGGUUAUUGGCGGAUUCCGAUUUAGGCGUUCUUAUACGCCAACGCAGAACUGCAGCAUGCCGACAUACAUGGCAAAGAUCUACUACCCUUUUGAGCGGCUGGGCGUGCAAUGCUACAAGCAAGGUGGUGAGCUGUUCGACGAUAGGUGGAUCCUUUAUCACGAAAGCGCGGAUUCAGUCAGAAAAACGAUGGACGAGUGGACCUACGGAUACUGGCUGGAUGACAACACCACGGCCUUGAGUGUGGACUCCGUUCUCCUCAACCCAGUAUUGGGCACGUUUACGUUCGAGCAAUUGACUUUUAGAUUCGAGAACAAUGGCUUCAUGAAGCACGUGCAGUUUGCUGAGACUUUUCUGGCCGAUCCCUACAAAGACUGGACCAACCUGGUCCCCGACGUGCUGUUCAUGGUCAUCUUGAUGCGCAUCUUGUAUUCCGAAAUGCGGGAAUUGCUGCCCGCCCUCUCGAUUGGUUUUGACGGCAUCAUGAACUACUUGCAGUUCUGGAACAUCGUGGAUUGGUUGGCCAUCUUUUGGGGUGCAAUAUGUGCUGGAUUAUGGGUUGUGUUCUGCAUCCAUCUAUCCAUGGUGCAGCCCGCACUUGAACAGCUUCCCCUUCGGGCCAUGGAUUCCAUCGUUUUUGCCAACAGGACCUACAUGAAGCCAUGGGAGGUGGGCAUCAUGAUGCCCCGCCGAGACUAUGAGGAGCUGCUGUCGAAUAUGAUGAGGGCAUGCCAGGAUGCUUCCGUCUGGCAUGAAGCUGUUCGAAUGCUCUGCGUCUUGUACCUCUUCGUUCUGAUGAUGAAGUUUUUCAAGUCCUUCAAAGCAAACGCUCAGCUGGACGUGGUCAUCACAACCUUGUCAGGCUCUGUGAAAGAUGUGUCCCACUUCGGCAUCGUGUUCUUGACAAUCUUCUUGUGCUAUGCUUGGAGUGGUCACAUCUUCUUCGGGAAGAGCACGGAGGGUUGCAGCACGAUGUUGGGCGCCAUUUUUUGGCGGUGGUCCAGUGGUGUGGGUGUGGGAGACAUGGAGGAUCUCGAUCUGCUGGGGAGAAUACUUGGCUAUGCCUACACCUUGUCAUACGAAUUCCUGGUGCUGAACCUUCUCUUCGGUAUCCUCUUCGGAUUGAUUUUUGAGUCUUACGGCCGGACGCUGAAGGCGGCCGGCAACCCCAUCUCGGUGGUGGAACAGAUUCGCCGGGCUGUGAAGGAGAUGCGAAAGAAGAAAGACUUCCUGGACGAAUGGUACACCAUCAACAGGUUGAUCGAUGAUGACAUGCCCGCGCACCCCGCUGAAGUGGUGACAGUGAAGAGCCUUUGCGAGGCCUUUCAAUCGGACAACAUGUCCAAGGUCAAUGCCGAAUACAUCAUCCGCCAUGUGCGUGAGUUCCAAGUCAGCAAGACUUCGGAGGUUGAAGUCUCCUUACUUGAUGCGCUUCAUCUGGUAGCAAGGACACGGACGUCGAGCCUGCGUUCGGUUCAGACCACCGAAAGCAUCCUGGCUAUGUUAAAAACCGAAAGUCAGAAGCCACAAGAGAUGCGCUUUCGCUGUAUCAUGGCGGGCUUCGACCCUGAUGACGCUGGUGAAAUGCAAGAAUUCUUGCGAGUCUCCGCGCUGGAGGCCCUGGAAGAUGACAAUCCGCUGCCUGGCCAAGUGCAGCCAGUGGCGCCGACUGCUGUCCAGACUGUGCAUCCUCACUCCGAAAGCAAAGCGACGGUCAACAGCCACAGCAUCGACGGCACCAAGGAGGAGCCUGUAGAAGUCGUGGAUCGAAGCGAGCAGCAGGCGAAGGAGGCGCAGCUCAAGGCCACGCUGGACAGACUUGCAGACGCCAUGCUGGAAUCACAGGCCGAGGAUGCUGCCACAGUCUCACAGACCAUGAAGGAGGUGCGAAAUUUUCAAGAGCAGUCAGCCAACUUCCACAAGGAGCAGCAGAAUCUUGGUUGGCAAGAAUACCUGCAUCACGAAAGCAAGCAUAGCUGA